CCGGGGAGGGCCGUUCCGUUCGCGCUUUGAGUCUUUCGAGACACGCCCUGCGUCGCUCGGCCCGGACCGUGCUGGGGGCUCGCAGGCAGGCCUGCUAGCUACGCCAGAGGGGCACUUCGGGAGGGGGACCGCUGCGUCGGGGGUGCCACAAAGGCAGUUGGUCCAUGGCGGUGGUCUGUCGGGGCGUCGUGCAAGAUGCCGCCCAAGCGUCGGGGAACGUACGGAGAGUUCAUUGCUGUGAACACAGACAGGCAGAGAGAUGCGGAGUUGAAGUUCGUUGGUUUCAAAUGGAUGCAGAAGGGCCAGACGCUGCUAGGCCGGAAUGGCAACUUCGUCAUGAAGUGCAAGUUGUGCGACCAGGAAUUUGUCGGCAGUCAGAGCAAGUGUGUGCUGCACAACACAAUCAAGAACAACUGCCCGCAGGCCACGUUGGACGUUCUGGCUGAGAUCUGGAACAAGAGUGCUUAGUUGGCGGAGGAGAGGGGUCGUGGUGCGGGGGGGUCAGCCAGGGGAGGAGGAGAUGGAGGAUCGGGGGCACAAAUUCCACUUUCACCUCAGAGGGGGAGAUCUGAGGCUGCCCGCGGCCUUCCGGCCGGUGCAGGUGAUUUAGUAGCGGCGAGCAGCUCGUUGUCCGAUAUUCUGGGUAUGUCGAUGGGACCUCCGCCGACCGUCGUUGAUGCUGGACAGACCCCGGUUGCAGCGGGCAAGACGCCCAUCAGCCAGGUUGUACGAGGAUUGGAUACUAGCGGGGGUGUCUCGAGCAGUUUGUUGAUGGAGGCGGCUCAGGGGAUGGAGGGUACGGCCAGCCAGCCCAUGCAGAGCAUGGGGGAUGCUGUCCUUUUUUCACCCAUGCAGGAUACAGAUGUGGAGACGGAUGCAGACAGGAGGGACCGAGAGAAGAGACAGCGAGCGCUGGCGCUUGCUCAGUCCUGCCCUGUGACACAGGACAUCAGAGCGAGUUUGGACGCUGCUCUCGCCCUUGAGACGGGCGUGGCACUCGUCGCCGAGACGGAUCUUCCUGACAGUUGCGGCACGGGGGUGCGGACGCAUGGUGUCGAGAAGGAUGAGGAGGGGGACGCCUCCCGACCCGCGCAGGGUGAUGGCGGUGUUUGUAGACCGGGACUUCGCCCCAUUCGCGGCAAGGACGGCGAUGUGGAGGGAGGUGGUGAGGGCACUGAUGGGCCUGUCCGUGGAGGGGAUGGACCUCACGGGGGAUCUGAGGCAGUACGUCUGCAUGAUGGAUACGAGAAGGACAAACAGCCGGCUGGUGGAGGGGACCAUACGGAUGCAGGAGGAGGUAGUGCAUCUGCUGCAGAAAUGCAGCGGCGUGCAGUUGACGGACUUGGCGAGCAGCCAGCUGAUUCAGCGGUCGCCGGCCGCCCUGACGCGCUUGCGGAGGGAUUAGCUGCCAUACCCGCAUUUAUGAGACCUCCACCGUUGCUGCGAGGGGGAGACAUUGUGGUGGAUGCAGCACGUUGGGGUCGGGGCGAGAUUGGCGCAUCACGUUUGGACAGUACCAGGGCCGUCCCUUCGACACGGCGCAUCGCCCGCGUGACGAGUGCAUCGACAAAGUGGUCGGAGACCGCCGCAGGGGGGGCACGUGCGCUGCCCAAUUCGACGGCUGACGAUCCGCCUCCGACCCGUCCGCCGGAUAGAGUAACGGCGGGCCUGACCUUAGAGGAGGAUGUUAGGGAUAGGAGACCACGUGCUACUUCUUUUGCAGCUGAUCCGUAUUCCUCAGGGACUGGCGGUUUGGAGAUGCCUCAGGGACAGUGGAGGAGGCAGGAUGUCCAUCGGAUUCUGCUCAGAGACAUGGCGACGGCCGAGGUGGACGAGACACAGAGAGAGAGAGUUGUACGGGCACAGGAGGCCGCUCGUGCAGCGUCCGACCAGGCUAGGCAUGUGGGUGAUGGAGUUGUUGCCGGCCGGACGAGGACGAGGGUGGAUGUCUUUGACGACGACGAUUAGUUGUUUGUCUACUCUCGACUUUGUUUUAGUCUGUACAUUAUAUGUAGCGAGUUCUCCUUCUUGUAAUUAGGACUUCACAUU